AUGAACCCGCUCUUUGAUAAUCCACUCGAGACGCGUGAUGACCUUGGGAAUGCGCUCAGGUCGAUGCUUGACCCGCUCGCACACUUCACCUCGCCAGGAGGAGCCCGUGUCAAUCUUGGCGCGACGGCCACGCACUUUGACACCACUGCUGCGGCAUUAGAAGGCUUCUCGAGACCUCUCUGGGGUCUGUCGAGCCUACUCGCAGGCGGUGGUGAGUAUCCUGGCGUCGAGAGAUGGAUCAAAGGGUUCGAAAAUGGGACGGAUCCAACCAACGAAACAGAGUUUUGGGGUAUGACGCGCGGAAAGGACCAGAGAAUGGUUGAGAUGGCGGCCAUUGGGUUUACGCUCGCAGUGGCCAAGGAGCACAUCUGGGAUAAGAUGAACGAGAAUGGGAGAAACAACCUGACUACGUGGCUCAACUGCAUCAACGACAAGGAUAUGCCAAACACGAACUGGCUGUGGUUCAGAGUCUUUGCAAAUCUGGGACUUCGAUCAGUUGGAAGACCUUAUUCAGAAGCGCAACUCAAAGCAGACUUGGACCACCUCGACACUUUCUAUAUUGGCAAUGGCUGGUCUCGCGAUGGCCCUCCCGGUGUUCUUCAGCUGGACUACUACUCUUCCUCCUUUGCUAUCCACUUUGCUCAACUAGUCUACUCGAAACUCGCCGCCAAGGAGGAUCCGGAACGGUGCGAAGAGUACAGAGAUCGUGCGAGAAAGUUUGCCGUGCAGUUUGUGCACUAUUUUGAUGAAGAGGGGCGUGCAAUCCCCUUUGGACGGUCCUUGACCUAUCGCUUUGCAACUACGGCAUUCUGGGGAGCACUCGCCUACGCAGAUGUGCUCCCUCCUGCACCUCUCAACUCUUGGGGGAUCAUCAAAGGCCUCCAUCUCCGCAACAUUCGCUAUCACGCCCGACUGCCCAUCUUCACCUCCUCGGGAAUUCUCACAAUCGGAUACGCCUUUCCCAACAUGUUCUUUACGGAAAACUACAAUUCUCCUGGCUCGACCUACUGGGCAUGCAAAGGCUUUCUCCCUCUCGCCGUCCCGGCAGAUCACCCAUUUUGGACCAGCGCAGAGGAGCCAUAUCCCACCAGCUCCAUACCACGAACGAUGUCACUUGAUCAUCCAUCACAUAUCCUUACGCACAGUGGAGGACAUACAUUCCUUUUGUCCUCUGGGCAAGCAUGUCACUAUCCACUGAGACAUGGCGCGGAAAAGUACGGAAAGCUCGCUUACAGCGCUGCAUUCGGAUACUCUGUACCCACUGGGGCGAUCGGGCUCGACAUGUGGAACCCCGACUCGACAAUCGCGCUCAGCGAGGAUGGCGGGGAACGAUGGGUCGUGCGGCGUCACGUCGAGGUAAACGACUCGUCAAAGGAAUCUGGGGGGUUCCUUGAAGGUGCUUCAGACUCUCCGUCCUAUACCAACGAAGGCGGGGACGAAAAUGGGUGGCUCCGCGCAAUCUGGCGACCAUGGAAGGCGACGAGCGUCGAGACGUGGCUUAUCCCACCACAUCCAUCCACUCCACUUUGGCAUAUCCGUAUACACCGAAUUAAACGAGACGCAGUUCGUCUUGGAGGUGAAGUUGUGCUCGUGAGUGACGCAGGGUUUGCCAUGUAUUCCCAGGAUACAGACGGGCGUACACUAUCUCUACUCGACACACCAGAAGUGGCUGCUCUAAACAAACAAUACGGCAAAGUCGAAGGCGUGGACGAGCGAGGUGCAUAUGCGCUCGUUCGUUCGGCCGCUGGUGUCUCGGGUGUUUACGACCUCACGUCGACAUUCUUUCCUUCAUCUGGAAACCUCGACAAACCAGCCAAGUCGGUGACCAACGCAUCAAACUACUCGUCCCUCUCGAGCUCGCAACAGAAGAAUCAGGAAUACACCAAACGUCGUGCGCAAAUCGUGCAUUUGGAUUCAAAUUCCAAUAUUGUGUCUUCGAGGUCGUGUAUGCCUGCGUUGAUUGGACAAUUUGGAACCGAGGAUGCUGGGGGAGAUGAGGAUAUUUGGUUGGCGACUGGAGUCUUUGCCUUGCCUACUUUGUGCAGUGCGCGAGGGGUAGAGAGGUCAGAGGCGCAGGUAGAAGGGUUCAAGCUUGACUGGCUCGAUGCGUGGAACAAGCGGCCUGCUUCGUUGCCUGCUCUGCUCCAAGAUAGACUUUCGUAG